GAAGAGGAGAGUUUGUGUCGGAGGAGAACGAGCUCAUGGCCAAGAUGAGUUCUCCCACAGAGGAGAACUUCUCAGCAGAGUUUGAGUCAGAGAACAUGAGCUGUGAGGACAUGGAGUAUUACUGCAACAAAGGUGAAGAAGAUGGCAGUGGAGAAGCAGGGGAGUCAGACAUGGAUGGGCAGAGUGAGUCCAGACACCCAGCUAUAGGACCAGAGGAUUGGGAUGGACCAAGAGAGCUGGAUGCGUUCCACAAGGAUGGAGAGCGUCGGAUCCACAGCCGGCAGCAGCUCCCUGUGGGAACCACGUGGGGACCUUUCAACGGGAAGAUCGAGAUGAACAUCGAUGGCAGCGGCAUG